CUUUAUUUUCGUUCUUUUCCUUUUGGUGAUAUCAUAUAUCGAUUCAUGUUAGCCGACCCCAAUAUCGUUUGGGACUAAGGUUUGGAUGUUGUUGUAAUCAAUUUCUUCAAAAUAAAAAAUGACUUUUAAAGCAGAAGCAGUCACACUCCUUGUUCAGAAGCCACCGGACAUGACACAUCCGAAAAUUUCAUAAAAAACAUCCUAAUUAUCUUCAUGAAAGAAACACGUGAACAAACAUCUCAGUAGCCGAUGAUUCCACAGAGUAUGCUCCCACAAGGAUCACGUGGAUGGAGUUUAUCUUUGACAAAAUAACAAAUCUUCCUGCUUGUGCUCCGUGGGUUGAUGAUUAAAAAUGUUAAUUUCCACCUACUCAUCAGUACCAAAAGCUGCUAUCUUUGGUAUUCUCAAAUCAAAUUCACCAUAUUGAUUUCGUAUCACCCGCUGCAAGAAAUCCGGCACAAGUUUGUGAGGAGUAACAAUGGCUGGAAGCAUAAGAAGAAUUACAGGGUUGGGUUUACUAUCAGCAGAAGAAAAACUCUGUUUGGGUAGUAGAAAGUGUAGGAGAGGAUUUGCUUCUUUGAUUGCUGAGGAGAAUGCGAAGUCAUCGUCUUCUGUCAAUCUCUUCUCUGCUAUAAAUCAGGCUCUUCACAUCGCCUUAGAGACUGAUCCGCGUGCUUAUAUAUUUGGAGAAGAUGUGGGGUUUGGUGGUGUCUUUCGUUGCACUACUGGACUUGCUGACCGGUUUGGUAAACACAGAGUUUUUAAUACUCCUCUCUGUGAACAGGGCAUUGUUGGAUUUGCAAUUGGUUUGGCGGCAAUGGACAACCGAGCGAUAGCAGAAAUUCAGUUUGCGGAUUACAUCUUUCCUGCUUUUGACCAGAUUGUGAAUGAAGCUGCAAAGUUUAGAUAUAGAAGUGGUAACCAAUUUAACUGCGGAGGAUUAACCAUUAGAGCACCCUAUGGGGCUGUUGGACAUGGUGGGCAUUACCACUCCCAAUCCCCGGAAGCCUUCUUUUGUCAUGUUCCCGGUAUUAAGGUUGUUAUCCCACGGAGCCCACUCCAAGCUAAAGGCUUAUUGUUGUCAAGCAUUCGUGAUCCUAAUCCGGUUAUCUUUUUUGAACCAAAGUGGCUUUACCGCUUGUCUGUGGAAGAGGUUCCGGAAGGCGAUUACAUGUUACCUCUUUCUGAGGCAGAGGUUAUUAGAGAAGGUAGUGAUAUAACACUUGUUGGCUGGGGUGCUCAGCUUUCCAUCAUGGAAGAGGCCGCCAUCAAUGCUGAAAAGGAUGGGAUCUCUUGUGAAUUGAUAGACCUCAAAACUUUAAUUCCUUGGGAUAAGGAAACGGUGGAGGCCUCUGUCAAAAAGACCGGAAAGCUUCUGGUCAGCCAUGAAGCUCCUAUAACAGGAGGAUUCGGCGCUGAAAUAUCUGCUUCUAUACUUGAGCGUUGCUUUUUAAGAUUAGAAGCUCCUGUUGCCAGAGUUUGUGGCUUGGACACUCCUUUUCCCCUUGUUUUUGAACCUUUUUAUAUGCCAACAAAGAAUAAGAUACUGGAUGCAAUCAAAGCCACUGUAAAUUACUAGUGCGGAUGAUUAUUUUGGUCAAUGGAUGAAGACAUUUUAUCUAUUUUUUACAUUUCCAUGGUAUUGCAAUGUAAUGUUUUGGUUUGAACUUGAGUUACUGUACCUGAUUUGGCGGUGUGGAUAGAGAAGUGUCUCUGCCAUCAGGGGAAAAUUUAUUUUUAUUUUACAAAUAAAAGUAGUGUUGUGCUGUACAUUUUCUCCAAAUUAUAGGUGCUACAUUAUUUGUUUAACUUGUUCAGGAUGAACGGGAGAUAUUUUUAAAAAGGGAUAAUUCCCCAAAUAGGAUUAAAUGAAACUUUA